GUGACUUACAGUGUCUUACACUUGAUUGUUUGUGUCUACUCCAUUCAUUUUCAGAACAAUAAAGGAAUAAUCUAUUAUCAAGUUUCAUAAAAUUUUGUAUUAAUGACAAUGGCGAGUUACAAAUUAGUGUACUUCAAUGUAAUGGGACUAGGAGAACCCAUCAGGUUUCUUCUUAGUUAUGGAGGCGUUGAAUUCGAGGAUGUUCGCAUAACUCAUUCUUCGGAAGAUUGGAGCAACAUGAAGCCAACGACCCCGUUCGGUCAGCUGCCCACGUUGGAAAUCAACGGCAAAGUUUACUCGCAAACAUUACCUAUUUGCCGUUACCUGGCCAAACAGUUUAAUCUGCUUGGCAAAACUGAUUUGGAUACGUUGCAGAUCGACGCGAUCGCGAGCGCUCUUUACGAUUUCAGAUGGCUGACAAUAUCGUCUUAUUAUAGAGAAUCCGAUCCUGUUUUAAAAGCGAAGAAGAAAGUCGAUGUAAUGACAAGGGUAAUACCGUUUUACUUGAAUAAAUUAGAGGAAUUGGCAAAGAACAAUGGAGGCUAUUUGCAUGGUGAUAAGUUGAGUUAUGCUGAUCUGUUUUUCGUCGGCAUCUCAGAUUCGUUGAAUACGGCUUAUGAAUCGGAUAUCACGAACGACAAGCCCUAUCUAAAAUCUCUGAAGCAGAAAGUAUUGGCGAUUCCAAAUAUCAAAGCUUGGGUGGAAAAAAGACCGAAAUUGGAAUUUUAAUGAUCUAUAUAUAUAUUUUUGAUGUUUAUGAUGUAAAAAGUGUGCAUUUGUAUAUUGUAUAAAUAUAACGAAAGCUCAAAUUCAAAUAUUA